AUGUCAGUUGUCAACGACGCUAUCUGUUCUUCAGUAAAUAAUGUUCCUGUCAACACACUCGCCGACCGACUACUGUCCAGGAAGCGCAAGCGAGACGAUGACAUUCUGCCGACAAAAGCGCCCGCUCGUCCAGCUCAAGUCCACGUCCCUUUGCGCAAGUCCUCGUCCGACACUCGUCUACCGCCACCGACAGGCUUAGCUGCCAUUUUAUCUUUACCGCAGUCGUUUGUCGUCAGGGUGCGCCUCUCCCCGCCGUGCCAGCCAGAAGCUUUGCUGAAUCGCUCGCAGUCUGUCGACAAUGACAAGCCGCUCUCCUUUCGCAUCCUUCGGAGCCUCCCUCGCGCUGCUCUACCCUUGAGCUACCUCGACAACGCCGAAUCACCCACUCGCCUCUUCUCCGCUCAUCUACCACAACUAGAUUAUGGCGCCCAAUCCUCUCCUCUCGUCCUUAUUGCUCGCCUCGAAUCCCUGCCUACCCAGCCCCUGUACGCUGCGGAAAGAGUCGGACACAAGAGAUACGCGCUCUGCAACUUGGCUAGCUGGUUAGGCUUACACCACCUCGAUGCUCUCACGCCGUCUGUCUUCGUCGCUCAGAAGUCCCUGCCACAGACCUCUGCCCACACUUCACACGCUUUGUGGUGGCAGCAGUCUGCCAUCGAGGCACCUGCAUCACAGACCGCCAUACCUCGCAAGGCUCCUCGACUGGCACUGUUCCGUCGCCAGCCCUCGCCAAUCGAUCCUUUGCCUCCGCUCCGGUCCAACCAUGUCGCACUACCUCUGGAACAAGAAGAGACGUGCGAAACACCCGAAGACUUCUUGAGCCGCUUCAUCUCACAAUACCUCGAUAUGCUCUACCUGUCCAAGACGCCGCUCGCCUUCUUCACCAAAGGUCCUCUGUCGCGCUUGCGAGCUGCCUUCACAACAAGCCAGCUUCAAGGCUCCACUCUGUCCCAUCUCGUAUUAUUCCUGCGGAAUCUGAUCCACUCGUCCUCCAUAUCCGACAAGAAGUAUCGCGACAAGCUACCCGAGCUCCUGAAGGAACUGCCCUCACAGGACGCAGAGUCAGCGCACAAGAGGAAGAGACGGAAGAAGAAGCUCAAGCCAGACAAGUAUGGUCUGCUGCCAGACGAGGACGGUUACUUUGCCAAGUGGUGGUACCAGGACGAGGCCUCUGCACCGUCUGGCGAGACGGCCGAACAGUCGCUCAAACGCAAAAGUCCGCAGCUUCGAACUCGAGAGACGUUCAUGCAGGUCGUCCUGGUGCUGGAGAUCUUGAGCCUGGAAGCGCUGCCCGAAUUCAAGUCGACGGAAGAACAAGCACCACAACCAAAGAGCAAGAAAGGCGACACAAUCACGCUGAGUCUAGAGUUGCUCGUGGACAAGCUCUGUAUCUGGCACUCUCUGCACACUGCCGACCUGCUAGGCGAUGCGCCCAAGCCCGACAAGACAACCAAAGACGGUGCCAACCAACUGCACAGCUUCUGCGUCGAAGUCAUCAUUCCCUUCUACAUGUCUCGCACCCACGAGCAUGCCUCGUUCGUCAACAAGAAGCUCGGUGGCCCAGGUUCCUCAAGCACGACAAAACCCAAGCACAGCCGCAAUCUUUCCGAAGCAGAAGGAGUCUCUAAGGCUCGCCGUCCGCUGGCUCGUGUCGCUACAGAGAGCUUCCCCCAACCUGCCAAAACACCUCGAUCAUUCAGCCGCUCCGCCACCGACUCGCAGGUCCUCCCCGUCAAAUCCGAGACACCAGAAAUUUCAUUGUCUUCCAUCCCUCCUCGGCGAGACAGCCAGCCGUCCAUGGCAAGAAAGAGUGACGUCCUGGAGAAGCAUCGUUUGCGUCAAAGAGAAGUCGACUUUGGUGCUCUUGCUGCUGCGAACGAGGCCAAGGCAAAGAGAAAACAAGAGGUCGAGCAGAAGCUCAAAGAUGCCAUUUCCACUUUGAAGAAGCCAAGUCGUGCAGCUGUCUCUGGAGAGUUUGUGGAUGCUGUCGAGCAGAGAAAACGCAUGGCAGAAGGCAGAGCAAGGCCGCCAUUGAAUAAGCGAAAGUCUUCGUCAUUCGCUCAAGUUUCGGCCACUCCGAAGAAUGGCCACAAGAUCUCUGCCAUUGCCGCAACACCUCACCACAUUCCAGCUCCUUCUUUUGUUCGUCCAUCAGUCCCAUCUUCAGGUCCUUCUCUGGUGCCUUCGUCCAACAUCAAGCAGAAGUCUCUGUCCUUUGCACACUUCCCUCCGGUCCACGAGGCGUCUGACGACGAGGAUACCAUUCCUGCUACCGACAAUCGGCCUAACCAUAGAGAUGCGCUUGCUGAGACUCCUUCGAAACCUCGUGUUGGUUUUACUUCAAUACCUGGCGCGUCUCCAGAUGAAGAUCAGGAUCAUUCUGGCUAUGUUGGGCAGGACAGAGGCGGCUCUUCACCAUUGCGUGAAAGUCCGACUUUGCUGAAGACCCCAAGCAAGCCACAGCGACCUAGGUUUAGCAUCACUCCUAGCAAACCGACUCCGCCUUUAAACUUAGGUAAAGCCAAGGUUCAACAAAGCGUCAGUGUGACACCACUGGAGUUUACUGCCACCGCGACCUCAAAAAAUUUGCUUGGUGGAUCGUCUGCGUCAAUCGGACAGCAAAGAGCUGUUGAAGCUAGAUCAAAGGAUCAACCCGACGAUAUCUAUGCCGCUCUCGGGUGGGACGAUGACCUUGAUGAUGAUUAG